AUGGAUUCCAGAAACAAACAUAAUGUACACCAAAAGAAGUGUUUUCCCAAAAAAAGCCAUAGUAACAUUUUGACAUCAAAACAUGUGGUUGGGAAGGCCACAGCUAGAGACAAAGUUACUAAACACCUAGAAGAAAAAAAAUUGUUAAAAGGUCCUCAAGAAAUAGUAGAACCUUCAAGCAACAAUAUUCAACAGGCCAAAAUUUCAGUCUCUACUCAAGCAUUUUAUUUGCCACAGGAGGAAGAAUAUCAUUUAUUUCAAUUUGGUGAAGGUACACUAGACAACUUCUAUGCAUAUAUAAUGAAAAAGACUGGUGCCAACUUAGAGUUUGCUUUUUUGGAAAACCAAGGCCUCUAUGUGACAGUCUUUGGUAAUCCAGAUACUGUCAGAAAAGCUCACAAGGAAAUUUUUGAAUGGUGUCGCAAACAAGAUUUGAGUAUGAGUCUGAUCCCCAAGGAAGAACGUUGGUCUUUUAUGGGCCUGGCUGGAGAUACAGCACAAGAUUUGGAACAAAAUACUGCAAAGAAAAACAAGAAUAAGUGCUCACAUAAGAAGAAAGCCUGUGUUGAUAUUGCUGACAAAAAACACAUAAAGAAGAAGAACUCAGAUGGACACUUUGCUACAUCUGCCAAAAAACAUAAGGGUGUGAUACAGAGAUUAGAUAUGGAGAAAGCAUUUAGUUCUAUGACUUCUAUGCCUCACAGUAAUGUAAGUGAUAAUGUUUUCCAGGAAACUGAGGUACACCUCUUAAUUCCGUUGUCGAAUAUCAGUGAGAUGGGUAUAGAGUUUAUUGGAGGAAAACAUAAAGUGGAUCCAUCUGACUUUUGUAUAAAAGAGGCAUUUGAUAUGCCCCAAAUGCAAACUGAACCCAGAGACGUGGUGAAGAAAUGGCCUCACGAAUUUUCACCUAGUGUCAAGAAAAGUUUCUUGUACCUAGCCUUAGCAGAAUUUGAAGACUCAAUAGAGACCUCACCCUCAGGAGGCACAUCAAAUUUGGAGACACAUGAUGGUGAGCCCAGUAGUUCAGGCAAAGUAUUUAAUGAAGCCGUUUGGAAUCCCCAAGAUUCUGUUAUUUCCUCCAUCUAUGCUCCUUCCUGGCUGCACAAACACAUUAUUAGUAGUAAGCAUCAAUAUAUAGAUAAGAUAACUGAGAAUGUGCCAAAGGUUCAUAUACACUUUACAGAUGAAGAUAACAUUAUCCUAGAAGGACCACUAGAAGAUGUAAAUUAUGCUCAAGAACAGUUCCAGCUCAUUGUUCACGACCUCAUGAGAAGAAUGGAUUAUGCUGAGAUAAAUAGUGACUGUAAAUUUCACAAGUACCUAAUAGAAAAUAAUAAUGAAAACAUAAACAGAAUUUCAGAAAAGCACCAAGUUUCUAUCACAAUCUCCCCUGAAGCUGAAAAGAAUACCCUGAUCAGAAUUGAGGGUGAAUCUAUAGAAGUACAAAAGGCCAAAAAAGAACUUCUGGAACUUGCUGCUAAUUCUUCACCUGAGCACAUCCAAUUUAUGUUCAUCAAACACUACCUUCACAACCUAAUUUUUGGGAGAAAACGUGAAAGGCUUCAUGAAAUAUAUAAGAAAUUUCCAGAUGUUAUCAUCCAUUUUCCACAGUCCAAGGAGAAAAGUGACGUUGUCCAGCUGGUAGGGCCAAAACCUGAGUCAGAUAAGUGUAUACAGUAUUUGGAGAAAAUGUUGAAAGACAUUAAAGAAAACAACUAUUCCAUCAAUGUUCCCAUCUUGAAACGGCUUCACAAAAGGUUAAUUGGAAAAAGAGGUUCAAAUAUCAAACUAAUCUCUCAGAUAAGCAACACCACUAUUCGUUUUCCAUCUGAGAGCAGCAGCUCAGAAGAUUUUGUGAUUACUGGAUAUCCAGAAAAUUGUGACAUAGCUCAUGAGUGGAUUCUUUCUAUUCAGAAAGAUAUUGAUGACACUACAGAAGAGGAAAUUCAUAUUCCUUCUAGUCUACACAAAUUACUUACAAAUUCCAAAAUGUCCUUGAUUACCCAAAUUGUGGAUGAAUGUGGCAAGUUUGAUAUACAUUUUCCAAGGAGCAAGACCGACAUUCAAAAAGUUGUUAUCAAAGGCUCUAUAGAAACGGUGGAAAAGGCCAAGCAGAAGAUCCUUUAUCUAGCAGAAGAAGAAAAAGCAAAGAGCUACUCCAUGUCUGUUCAUGUCAAAUCACAAUAUCAUCAGUUUCUCCUGAAUAAAAAUGGUAGCAAUGUUCCCAUAGUCUGUGAGAAGACAGGGGUACGCAUAGUUUUGCCUACCACUACAAAUGAGGAUCAAGAAUUGGUAAAGAUCAUAGGAAGAGAGGAGGCUGUCAAAAAUGUGAAAAAGGAGCUUGACAUUUUAUUGAAAGACUUAGAGAAUGUAGAAGAGGACAGUGUAGUGAUAAAUCGCAAGUUCCACCACUACUUUGUCAUGAGAAAGAACCAGUUAUUACAAGAAAUGAAUGAGGAGUAUGGAGGCCUGGCCAUUGCCUUCUCAUAUGCUGGAAAGCAUAGUGCAAAAGUAACAAUAAAAGGGGCAAAGCCUUGUGUUCAAGCAGCAAAAAGUCACAUUCAGGAUCUCUUUAAGCCCUUUGCUUCCAAAGUUACAUUACAAUGUGUUAUUCCCCAGAAGUUCCAUUCUUUUAUUACGGGAUCAAUAUGUUCACGCAUCUACCAGAUUACUAGAGAUUACAAAGUACAAAUCAAAUUCCCAGAAAGAGAGAAAACAGCUGUGAAAAUAGGUCUAGGUAUUAAGGGAAAGGAAAAAGAAAACUGGCAAAAUAACAGUAAAGGACUCAUCUCUAAUUUCCCAAGUAAUUGUGACAUCGUAUAUAUAUCUGGCCACAUGGACAAUUGCAAAGCAGCCAAGAAAGCCCUUGAAUCUCUAAUUCCUGUCACGGAUGAAAUUCAUGUGCCCUCUAAUCUUCGUACUCACAUCAUGGGGCCCAAAGGAGAUGGAUUACUCAAGCUAAGAAAGGUAUUUGGAGUGCAUAUUCAAUGGUCGAAACCUGAAAUAAAUUGGGAUGUCAUAUCCAUUAUGGGUCUUGCUGCUAAUGUGGAACAGGCCAAGAUCAAGUUACAGCAGCGAGUCAAGGAUUUGCAAAUGGAAAUGGAGGACAGGGAGCUAAAAAGUUUCAAACUAGCAUUUACUCUAGAUCCCAAGCAGUAUUACAAGAUCACUAGCUAUAAGGGCUUACUUCUUGCUAAGAUCUGCACAGAACAUGGUGUUACUAUAAGUUUUCCAAGGAAAGCGUCUCAUCAUAUACAAGAUGAAAUCAUCAUUACUGGAUAUAAAGAGAAGACUCUAGCUGCUCGAGACGCAAUAAUUAGAGUGCUGCAUGAGAUUGAAAAAAGAGUUUCUAAGCAAAUCUCACUAAACCACCAUGUCCGCCACAAAAUUACUGGAUUCCAUCGCAAAGCUAUCCAGAAGAUCAUGAAUCAAUUCCAAGUAGACAUCUAUCUUCCUCCUAUAGGAUAUUAUAAUCCUAAUAUUACAGUGACUGGACUCCCUGAUAAUGUAAGUAAAGCAAUUGACUACAUCACUAAUCUUCAGAAGAAUUACAUGUCAACUUCCACAGAAAAUGGAUCUCAGAGGGGUCAUAGCAAGAGUGCCUCCACUGGCAACAUAGCCAUAGUGCCAUCUAAGAGUUCAGUAAAAAAGUAA